UGUGGGAAGUCCUUUGCUGAAUCCUCAAAGCUUAGUGUACAUAGGAGAAUUCACACUGGAGAGAAACCGUAUAUAUGUAAGGAAUGUGGGAAGGCCUUUGCUGGAGCCUCAAAACUUACUGUACAUAGGAGAAUUCACACUGGAGAGAAACCGUAUAUAUGUAAGGAAUGUGGGAAGGCCUUUGCUGGAGCCUCAAAACUUACUGUACAUAGGAGAAUUCACACUGGAGAGAAACCGUAUAUAUGUAAGGAAUGUGGAAAGGCCUUUGCUACAGCCUCAAGCCUUAAUGUACAUAGGAUAAUUCACGCUGGAGAGAAACCGUAUAUAUGUAAUGAAUGUGGAAAGGCCUUUGCUUUGGCCUCAAGACUUAGUGAACAUUGGAAAAUUCACACUGGAAAGAGACCCUAUGUUUGUAAGGAAUGUGGAAAGUCCUUUGCUGAAUCCUCAAAGCUUAGUGUACAUAGGAGAAUUCACACUGGAGAGAAACCGUAUAUAUGUAAGGAAUGUGGGAAGUCCUUUGCUGAAUCCUCAAAGCUUAGUGUACAUAGGAGAAUUCACACUGGAGAGAAACCGUAUAUAUGUAAGGAAUGUGGGAAGGCCUUUGCUGGAGCCUCAAAACUUACUGUACAUAGGAGAAUUCACACUGGAGAGAAACCGUAUAUAUGUAAGGAAUGUGGGAAGGCCUUUGCUGGAGCCUCAAAACUUACUGUACAUAGGAGAAUUCACACUGGAGAGAAACCGUAUAUAUGUAAGGAAUGUGGAAAGGCCUUUGCUACAGCCUCAAGCCUUAAUGUACAUAGGAUAAUUCACGCUGGAGAGAAACCGUAUAUAUGUAAUGAAUGUGGAAAGGCCUUUGCUUUGGCCUCAAGACUUAGUGAACAUUGGAAAAUUCACACUGGAGAGAGACCCUAUGUUUGUAAGGAAUGUGGAAAGGCCUUUAUUUUGGCCUCAAAACUUAGUGUACAUAGGAGAAUUUACACUGGAGAGAAACAGUAUAUAUGUAAGGAAUGUGGGAAGGCCUUUGCUGAA